AUGACGCCGAUAGAAAAUGUUCCAACCACGAACCUGGUGGCGAUCGUAAUCCUGUCCCGGGGAAAGUGCGGUCUCUCCAAAUGUGUUACUCGCUACCUGGUGGGAAUGGCAGCGGCCGAUCUCCUGGUCGUUAUCUCGCAACCGCUGCUGAUGUGGACUGCUUGGAUUUAUUUUCCACAAUCAUUCCUGUUCAUCACUCCUGUGUGCAGUCUCGCCAGAUGGUUGAUUUUUGCGAGCACCGCGGCCUCUGUCUGGCUGACUGUCGCUUUCACCGUCGAUCGAUUUGUGGCUAUUUGCUGUGAGAAGCUGAAAACAAAAUAUUGCACCGAGAGAACGGCGGCUGUGGUUAUCGGGACAGUGAGUGUGCUGGCCUUUUUGGAGACUGUCCCCUGGGGCUUUACUUCUGAACCUCUUGUAAUAAUUGAUGGUGUUCCCUGGUAUUGUGUUCUUACAUCGAGCUACAAAUACUCUUCUUCUUGGGUGGUAUUUGAGAUGUUUCACCGCAUUUUUACCCCUUGUGUCCCAUUCUUUCUGAUUUUGUUGUUCAAUAUUCUGACAGCCAGGCGGAUUCUAGUGGCCAGUCGAGCCCGCAGGAGGCUCCGGGGACAAAAGAGCGGAGAGAAUGACAAGGACCGGGAGAUGGAGAACCGACGCAAAUCCAUCGUUUUGCUCUUCAGCAUAACCGGUAGUUUCAUAUUGUUGUGGGUAACACGUUUGGUAUUUUAUAUCUAUCAACGGAUUUCAAUGAAUUUUGUUUAUUAUUCUGUCAUGCAUCCCGUUUACAUUGUAGAAGAGACAUCGGGAAUGCUGCAUAUCAUCAGUUCCUGCACCAACACGUGUAUUUACGCCCUGACUCAGAGCAAAUUCCGAGAGGACCUCAAGAAUGCGGUGAUAUACCCACUGAAUUGGAUUUUGAAACUCAUUCAGCGGAUAUAA